CAACACGAUGCGAAAACCCUAUGAAUACGAAACCAGCCCUUGAACACUAUGGCUAAGACACAAUCAAAGGGCCAGGACCCUCCUGUGUCAAGUGGAGCAGAAAAUGACGUCUCAUUGACAUCUACAACUCAGCCUUCCACCGAUGCCUUCAAAGACCUGCGAUCCAAGAUCCAAGCCCAGUUCCAGACUAUCGAUCGUAAAAAGAAGACGCCAAAGGGCAAGGCAAAUGAUGAAAAGGCCGACAAGAGCAAGACUACGGAGCCUCAAGAGGAAGAAGCCACCAGCGGAAAACGUGGGAAGAAGCGCGAACGCAAUGGAAAAGUCAAACCCGAAGUGUCUAGCACAUCAACACAACCUACAGACACGAUCGCUGAUGCCGACGAAGAGUUUCUUGCCGAAGUCAAACUGCUCGGUGGUACCUCUGAAGACCUCGAUCUGAUUGCUGACGUGGAAACCGACUCAGAAGUGGAGGGUGAUAUCGAAGCACCGCAGAAAUCUCAUCCCAAACGAAAAUCUGAGGACCUUGACAAGGGCAUACAUAACAUUCUCAAGGAGAUAGCGCUAGCACAAGGCGAUGUCGAAGCGGACGAAGAUAUCUCCGAGGAAGAGCCAUCCGACGACGAUGAACCUCAGUCCACAUCGAAGGUCACUACACAAAAAAUCACAAAAAUCGAACGAGGAAAGCCUUCGAAUUAUAUCUGCGAACUCAAGCCAGACUGGUUCAAUAUCGAGCAACCAAAGUUUGACUCUAAUGCCCAGAUCAAGUUUCGAGUGCCUGCUGCCACAAUCGACGAGUUGCAUGCAUAUGCCAAGCACUUGCUGGAUGAAGAAAAUCGCAAGCUCAGGGCGGCUCAACAAUCAUCCUCCUCCCAGUCUUUCUACAACACUGUCAUUGCGUCUGGAACGCUGUCCGAUAAGAUAUCUGCUCUGACUCUGGCAGUUCAAGACUCUCCAAUUCACAAUGUCCGAGCCCUCGAAACCUUGAUCGGACUUGCCGGAAAACGCAGUCGAUCGCAGGCUGUCGAUGUUCUUCGGUCGCUCAAAGAUCUCUUCGCCCAGGGAUCAUUACUUCCAGAGUCAAGACGCUUGUAUGCGUUUGCCUCGCAACCUGCGUUGCCACAUUUAUUCACCAAGACCAAGCAAUGGAAAAGAGGAGAAAAGCUGCCUCGAGGGCUGACAGAACAACAUCUUGUCGUAUGGGCCUACGAAGACUGGUUGAAGGAGCAAUAUUUUGAAGUGCUCAAAAUUCUCGAAGUCUGGUGCAAUGAUGAGAUUGAAUUCUCCAAAUCAAAGGCGCUCAGUUUUGUGUAUGAGUUGUUGAAGGAGAAGCCUGAGCAGGAGUCCAAUCUCCUACGUCUUCUUGUCAACAAACUUGGAGACCCGGUCAAGAAGAUUGCGUCACAAGCAUCAUACCUUCUGAUGCAGUUGCUGAUCCACCAUCCGGCCAUGAAACCAAUUGUCGUAGCAGCGAUCGAAACGGAUUUCAUCUUUCGUCCCGGCCAAACCUUACACGCCAAGUACUACGCCGUUGUGACGCUGAAUCAGACAACCUUGAGCACCAGAGAAGAAGAAGUGGCGAUCAAGCUACUCGACAUCUACUUUGGAUUGUUCACCAUUCUCCUGAAGUCUUACGAAUUGCCAGAGGCUCCUGUGGCGGAAGAAGAGCCUCACGACGAACAGGAACCUCGAAGACGCAAGAAGCCGAAGAAACCAAAGGCCCCUGCGCAGCCGCAGGCAGAAGAUCUGCGAGAAAAGCUGACGUCGGCGGUGUUGACGGGGGUGAACCGGGCAUACCCUUAUGCCGGUGACAGCCACAAGAGCUUUUCCGAUCACAUCGAGACAUUGUUCAGGAUUACCCAUUCUUCCAACUUCAACACCAGCAUUCAGGCCAUGCUUUUGAUCCAGCAGCUAUCGACAACUCACAAAUCAUCCAACGAUCGAUUCUACCGAGUUUUGUAUGAAACGCUCCUUGAUCCACGACUAUUAUCAGCCUCAAAGCAGCAGCUUUACCUCAACCUCCUCCACAGGGCGCUCAAGGCUGAUCUCAACCAGAAGCGGGUCAAGGCAUUCGUCAAGAGACUGAUACAAGUUCUGUCGCUGCAUGAUUCCUCAUUCAUAGUUGGGGCAUUUUUUCUUUUGCAAGACCUGAAGUCCACCUUUCCAUCGUUGGCAGGGUUGUUCGACGAGCCCGAAGAUCACGACGAUGAAGAAGAAGUCUUCCGGGACGUUGAAGAAGACGGUCAACCAGCACAGGAUCUUGGAACGAGUGAUGGUCAUGUGAGGUUAUACGAUGGGCAUAAGCGUGCCCCGGAACAUGCCAACGCUGACAACAGCUGUGCCUGGGAAGUGCUACCAUUUCUUGCCCAUUUCCAUCCUGCAGUUUCCCUCAGUGCGGACCAUACUCUACGACAUGCUAAAUUGCCCGGAAAGCCCGACCUCAGCUUGCAUACGCUCAGUCAUUUCCUGGAUAGGUUUGUCUAUCGUAACCCCAAGUUAAGCGGAACAGGCCUGAAGGGCUCGUCAAUUAUGCAACCAAUGGCGGCAGCGGACUCUCAAGGUGUUUUGAUUGGCGAUAGUUCAGGCGCACGCCGCAAAGUACCAGUCAACAGCGAAGAAUUCCUAGUGAAGAAGGAUGUGGCGGCAGAGGAAGUGUUCUUCCACCAAUAUUUUGCCAGCCUGGGCAAAGCACCGCUGAAGAAGGCGCUGAAGAAGCGCGACGAUGAGGACGAGUCAGAUGAUGAAGAUGAAGUGUUCAAGGCUAUGAUGGACAGUGCUCCUGAUCUGGAAGGAGACGAGGAAAGUGAUGACGAUCUUGACCUCUCAGAACUUGAUGCUGAGAUGGACGCCUCGGAUGCGGGCGAAGGAGUUUCCGAUGAUGAAGGCGUGGAUAUUGAUCCUGCCCUCUUUGACGAGUCAGAAGAUGAUCUAAUGGACUUGGACGAAGGCGUGACACUUGAGACAGAGGAAUUCGGAGGGUUUGAUGAAACCGAUGAGGAAGAGAUGCCUGCCAAGAAGAAGAAGAGCAAGGCUGCCAAACAGGAGAAGGCAAGGAAAAAGGCGCUGCCUACGUUUGCCUCAGUGGAGGAUUAUGCGAAGUUGAUUGAGGAUGAUGAGAACGAAGAUUUCUAGUGUCGGAGAGAACAGAGGAGUUUGAGGCUGUAAUGGAGAUCACGUGGAAAGUAGCUGCACAAAACGUGUC